GUUGAGAGGCCGUGUCUCGUGACGCCACCGAGGGGCGUGUUAUCAACAACAGAGUCUGUCUGUGGAGCUAACCUCACUGAGGAGGGACACAGCUCGAGUGUUGUUUUGAAUCUGCUAGAAGACACCGACUGGAAAGGGGGGCUAGCAGGGCCUGUGGAUAAGAUGGCGGAUGUAGGAGGCGACGAAACUCGGACCACUCUACCUUCGGCAUCCCGUAAUGGUCCUGUGGUGGGCUCGUCUGCGGGCUCAGCAGCAGGCCAGAACACCACCACCGUGGUGGUCACGUCAGGUCCGCGGAUGGUGAGGAUCGUGAAGUCGGAGUCGGGCUACGGUUUCAAUGUUCGCGGUCAAGUCAGCGAAGGAGGACAGCUACGGAGCAUCAACGGGGAGCUGUAUGCCCCCCUUCAGCAUGUCAGCGCGGUUCUGCCCGGAGGUGCUGCAGACCGAGCUGGGAUAUCAAAGGGGGACAGGAUCCUGGAAGUAAAUGGGGUGAGCGUGGAAGGUGCCACCCAUAAGCAGGUGGUGGACCUGAUCCGUGCCGGGGAGAAGGAGCUGGUUCUGGCUGUGCUGUCUGUUCCAGCUCAGGAGGCUGACGGACUGGAAGGCGGAGAGGAAAUCCAACCUAACUAUGACUACAGCGACAAACAGGCUGUGCCCAUUUCCGUCCCCACAUACAAACAUGUAGAGCAGCACUCCGAGAGGUUUGUGGUGUACAACGUGUACAUGUCAGGCAGACAGCUGUGCUCAAAGCGCUACAGAGAGUUCGCAAUCCUCAACCAGAACUUAAAGAGGGAGUAUUCCAACUUUAACUUCCCUAAACUUCCCGGUAAAUGGCCCUUCUCCCUGUCCGAACAGCAGCUGGAUGCUCGCCGUAGAGGGCUGGAGGAAUAUCUUGAGCGUGUUUGCUCUGUGCGGGUGAUCGGGGAGAGUGACAUCAUGCAGGAGUUUCUCUCUGAAUCAGACGAGAACUACAACGGGGUGACCGAUGUAGAACUGCGGAUAGCCUUGCCGGACAAGACCACCAUCUCUGUCAGAGUCCGUAAAAACAGCACCACAGACCAGGUGUACCAGGCAUUAGUGUUGAAGGUUGGAAUGGACAGUAUUAUGGCAAGCUACUUUGCCCUUUUCGAAGUCAUCAAUCAGUCCUUUGUGCGGAAGCUGGCACCUAAUGAGUUUCCCCACAAGCUUUAUGUGCAGAAUUACACAUCGGCAGUGCCGGGGACUUGCUUGGCGCUCCGCAAAUGGCUGUUCAGCUUUCAGGAGGAGGAGUUGCUAAGAGACAACCCGCUGGCACUGCACUACUGCUUUCACCAGGCAUUGGAAGAUGUGAAGAAGGGAUUCAUAAAAACAGAGGACAAAUCCUGCCAGCUGCAGAAGCUGGCAGAGCAGCGCAAGAUGGCCACGUACCUGAGUCUGUUGCGGACAUGUGAGGGCUACAAUGAGGUGUCGUUCCCCCACUGCUCCUGUGACUCCAGGAGGAAGGGACACGUUAUCACAGCUAUCAGCAUCCAUCACUUCAAGCUGCACGCGUGUACCGAGGAUGGCACACUGGAGAACCAGGUGAUUGCUUUUGAAUGGGCCGAGAUGCAGCGCUGGGACACAGAUGAGGAGGGGAUGGCUUUCUGUUUUGAAUAUGCCAGAGGAGAGAAGAAACCUCGCUGGGUCAAGAUCUUCACUCCUUAUUUCAACUACAUGCACGAGUGCUUCGAGCGGGUCUUUUGUGAGCUGAAGUGGAGGAAACAGGUGGAGGAAGAGGCGUCUGACAAAGACAACAAAAACUGCAGCAACAAUGAGUAUCUGCCUCCUCUAGAGACACAGCAGAAGGGAUGGCGCCACCUUGGGGGGGAGAUCGCAACUUCCUAAAACCAUUUCUCACCACUCAAACUAGAACUGGUCCACUUGCAUCAUCACAGCCACCCCCAGAGAGCGCCCAUCGACAAACACAGAACUGAGUGACGGACUGCGGCGACGCACGCCCCAGAAACGAACUGGAAGUGACCGACUUUUGGAAACUGGAAAAGUAACACUAAACCGACCCCAGGGACACGCACACACACACACACGGCAAGAAGAGCGAUGAAGGAAAGCAAACAAAAGCAAACAUCCAUGUCAUUUACUAGAUCUCCAUAGCGUCUGUUGUUUUCCGCCCUGUGAUGUGGGGGCAGGACACAAGCAAAUUCUCGCCUCUGGUUGAGAUGUAACUCACACACAGGAUGUGUGAGCCGUCAGGGUCAACACAGCUGUACGGGAAGCAUUUGCUCGAAGGGAGCAUCUUGAGGAUGAAGAGCUGCAACGUGGGAUCAGAUUAUGACCCCCCCGGCUCUUCCAACAGGAUUCGGUCUGGUCCUCGGUCCUACUUGAAAGCCUUCAGUGUGGCCCUCGUCUUCCAAACUUCUUCAGCAGUUGGUGGUGAAAGCAGAAAGCAAAAUCAUGCUUUGCACUGUUGAUGGACUGCAGUAAAAAUGAAUGUUUAUGAAAUGUUCUCUGUUAGGCCAGAAGGAUUCUGUCUCUGUCAGAAACCGGAGCGACAAAUGUGUAACUAACUGAAAACUGAUGUGUGGGGGGAGGCAGGCAUUUUUCAAAAUUAUGUUUAACAUUAUUACUUCUGGUAAAAUAUAGAAUAAUAUAUGAGCUAUAAUAAUUGGUUUCUUGAUGUAACACAGUGAAACACUAACUGAAUUGCAUCCAAGCAGCUCUAACCAAUAUCCAUUUUUCACCUUGUCUCCUGGUUCGACCCACGCAGCUUCACUACGACGUCUCUUGGCAGUUUGCCAUUAAUGUCAGUAUGUGUAUUUAUCCCUCCGCAAGUGUUUUAUCGUGGGGAUUUUGCAGAGCUUAGAAGUCUAGAAGAAGAGGGCUUCUCAGGCUAAAUGCUGUGUAGAGAUGAUCUUUUUAUGACGAGGUUGAUGGGCCAAAGCGGUGAUGAUUUUGAAACGGCACUCGGCGUGAAUCUGUCCGUUAGAUUGUGGAUAUAAGGACAGGAGAGUAUCUGAGCGUUCAGCUGCAGUUUUCUGAGCGGGCAGCAGAGAGCAGCAGAGGGUAAGACAGAUUUGGUUGGUAGGUUCAGAGCAGAAAUUGAAAUCCUCUCAGAGCUUCUUAAAGAGUGAUCCCUCGGGCUCUGUAACUCACCCAAAAGUAUCACUCCUCUGCAGGUUGUCCAUUAGCCACUUCAGCAGGAGGACAGAUGGUGUGUAUGUGUAUGUGUGUGUGAGUGAGUGUGUGUGAGUUGCACGGAGAGUAGGUGAUGCAUAAAGUUUUGCGACUGCAGCCACAGCAUACUUAGCAAUGCAGGCAGCUGUCUGCGUGUUCCUGCAACUAAAUGACUACAGUAUUAGUUAUGUGUGUGUGCACAUGACACGAUUAUAAAACUUAAAAAUGUGAGAAUUUUGUUUCUUUCUAGAAUGCAUUUCAGAUAUUUUCAUGCAAAUAUAGUUCUUUCUUUCUGUUGAAUUAAAACCGGUUUUGUCUCACUUUAAGUAUUCAGAAGCAGGUUGACAUGCUGACAAAAAAAAAAGCUCCAGAAUGAGACAUUUUGUGCAAGUGAACCGCUUUCACCUGGAUCUAAUGGAGCUGUGUUUAUCCCACUAAGGGCUACAAGUAUAUCUUGGCAGAUCCAUUACUGACUCAUGCUUGUGCUUCACUCGCCUGAUGGCAUCAACCCAAAACCUUGAACCGAGAAUAGAGAAGGUUUAUGUCAGACUGACUUUUAGAGCACAAGUUCAAGUUUCACAUCGUUAGCAGAUUCUUUUGUACAGUUGAGUUUAGCUAUCAGUUCAAUAAAAUGUUUCAUUCAUGCCAAGGUUUAGUCAUAAUUUGCUCAUUUACCUUGUGGCAAUCUUAUGUGUGUGCGUGAAGUGUGUGUGUGUAUGUCCUCUGUGUUUAUCAUUGACAUUGCUGAUAAGCUCUUAGGCUGUGAUUGGUCAUGUCUGAUGAGCUGUCGGCGUGAGAGCCGACAAAUGAAGAUGAGGUUUUGAGUCUGUACGACAGCGCAGAGAUGCCAGACAGAUGGAGACAAAUGGGAGGUGUCUUCUAUUGUCUAGCAAACAUUCACCGCUCCACACAUGCUUUUUCAGCAUCACACACACACGCACACGCACACGCACUUGUCUCCCUGCCACUCUGUGUUCAUGGUUUGACAAGCUCUCGAAAUAAAACAUCAAAUAAUG